UCUUCAAAACCAAAGUCAAGCAGGACAGGAGCCACAGAGUGAAGACACACAGUCUGAGUAACUUCACACACUGUUGAUUUCCUCCUUGCCACAAUGAAUGACAUAAGGAUUGUCUUGUUGGGAAAAACUGGAUCUGGGAAAAGCAGUCUGGCCAACACCAUUUUUAAUGAAGAUGUGUUUGAGGUAAACUCUACCGCAAACCCUGGGACAAGGAAAUGCCAGACAAAAACCAAACAAAUAAAUGGAAGAAGCACCUGUUUGAUCGACACUCCUGGUUUCUUUGGCCCACAUGCCUCUGAAGAUGACACUCCUGGUGUCGUUGGCCCACAAACCUCUGAAGAUGUCCUGAAGUCUGAGAUAGCCAGAUGUAUCACCGAGUGCGCUCCUGGGCCUCAUGCUUUUCUCAUUUUACUUAAAGUGGAGAAAUUCACAAAGCAGGAGAAAGAGGUUAUUGACCAAAUAGAAGCCUGCUUUUCUGAGGAAGCUUUCAAAUAUGCAGUAGUUGUCUUCACUCACGGUGACCAGCUCCCUGAAGGAACCAAAAUCGAGAAGUUUGUCCAAGAGAACAAAGAUCUGCAUGACCUCAUGGAGAAAUGUGGUAACCGAUACCAUGUCAUUGAUAAUAAAUACUGGAAGAACAACCAGCAGGAUGAAUACAGGAACAACCAAGUCCAGGUGGAGAAGCUAUUUGAGACAAUAACAAAGCUGGUGGAGGAAAACAACGGGCUUUUCUACACCAAUGAGAUGCUCCAAGAAGUGCAGAGAAUAAAAAUGCAAGAGGAAGAGCGCAUUCGACAGUCAUCGGGAAAUAUGUCACAGGAAGAGAUCAGAGAGCAGGCAAAGACCAAUGUCUCAAAUUUCCUCAUUAAGGCAGCUGGUAUUACCACAGGAGUGUUGUUGGGAGCUUUACUUGGUGUGCCAUUUAUGGUUGCUUCAGUUGUUUCUGCACUGAGCACAGCAGCAUCAGUAGUAGCAGAAGUCGUGGACUGCAUGGGAAAAGCAGCAGGAGUAGGAGGAGUAGGAGCAGGAGCAGCAACAGGUAUUGGACUUGGUGUAGCUGCAGGUGUCUGUACUUUAGCGGGAGCAGCAGUAGGAGGUUGUAUAGGAUAUCAAGAAGCUGAACAAGCAGACUCAGCAAUGGAGGCAGCACAAAAAACAGCGAAAGCUGUUUGGCACAAAACUCUGCAACCACUUAAAGAACUGCUAAACGAAAAUAAAGAGCAAUGUAAGGAGCAAGUUCCACUUCUGAAUAACACUUGAACUGAUAUAACACUUCUGAUUCUGAACCAAAUGAUGAUUAUAGUGUUUUAAAGAUCUCUCAGAGGGCUCAUCUACAGCAAAAAUUACUUUAAAUCC